AUGUCAGUUUGUAAGAUUGUAUUAACACUUGCAAUACUUGGUGCAGUGAGCAACGCACAAAGACCUUUUUACGCCGGAUUACGAGCGAUCGGAUAUCCCAAAGGAGCAUCGAAUGUCCUUACAAAUAGAUUCGGAGAAAAUGCAAAUUUACCUAUUGAAGCCAGAGGAGACGGUGCUUUGAUAAAUAGAUUUAAUCAAAUGCCAGAAGACCAGAGACCUUUUUGGUAUCUCAAUUGGCGCCAAUAUGAUGCAUUAAGAAGGAAUCCCCAGACUUACAGCCAAAGACCUAAUUUGUUUGUAGACAGAAAUAAUUCUUAA